ACACGUUGGUCACUUGACACCGCAUUAUUUAGUUCUUUGUCCAUGUGUACGGGUCACUUUACUUUCUUUUCUGCUUUUUCCGCCGUAGUUUGACGUUCAGCUCUUUUUCGUUUGAUAGUCAAGUUCAAAAUGAAGUUUGAGCAUUUUUUCUUCUUUGGAACCGGAAGUCAGGUUGUUUUUCUCUCGGUACUGUUGUGUGUCUGUACCAACAAGUCUCAGAUUGAUCCCCUGGUGUACGAGGAGCAGCUUCUGUGGGUGAGUGGAGUUCAGGGGGAAGUGAACACCUUCAGGAUCCCACUCAUCACCUUCACCCGGGAUGGAAGCUUGCUGGCCUUUAGUGAAGCCAGGAAGUUGUCUUUCGAUGACAUUGGAGCAAAGUUUAUCGCCAUGAGACGGUCCACCAAUAAAGGGAACACCUGGUCCCCAACUGCCUUCAUAGUGGACGAUGACUACCUCAGUGAUGGGCUGAACCUGGGCUCUGUGGUGGUGGACGAAGAAGUUGGUUCAAUAAUCCUGAUCUACUCCCACUGCUUCCACCUUUACCACUGCAGCCCAGCCAGCACCAUGAUGGUGGAGAGCCUGGAUGACGGCCUCAGCUGGAGCAUGCCCAGAAACCUGUCGGUCCAGCUUGGAGUUAAAGCUUUCCUUGCUGGACCGGGCUUUGGGAUCCAGAAGAAACACCACCCAGCCAAGGGGAGGUUGGUAGUUUGUGGACAUGGGACGAUAGAGGGAGACGGUGUUUUUUGCAUCCUGAGUGACGACCACGGAGAGAACUGGUAUAAUGGAGCAGCGAUGAAGAGCAUCCCUUACAACCAGCCUAAGAAAGCUCUGGACUUUAACCCUGAUGAGUGCCAACCAGUUGAAAUGCCGGAUGGCAGCAUUAUGAUCAACGUGCGCAACCAGAACACCUACCACUGUCGGUGUCGCAUUGUCCUCCGAAGUCUGGACGGAGGGUUGACUCUCCCUGUGGAUGAGCUGUAUUUUGACUACAAACUGGUGGAUCCAGUCGUUGCAGCUGGAGCUCUGCAAAAAAAUGGAGUGCUGUACUUCACCAACCCCUCCAAUAAUCAACAUAGAGUGAAUCUGACGUUACAGUGGUCUUUAACGAAUGGGUUAUCAUGGGAAAAUGAAGUGUUCCAGAUAUGGGAAGGACCAAGUGCGUACUCCUGCAUAACAACGCUGAACAGUGGCUCGGUAGAAGAUGAGAAGUACAUUUUUGUUGUCUAUGAAAAAGGACACAAGGACUAUUGGGAAACUGUGUCAUUUGUCAAGAUCCACCUCUACGGUGGCCGGUAGCGUGAUUGAAGAGUAAAGAAUUUCAGAUUCAAACCAGUAAGGGAGAAGGAAACCAGGGGAGUUUAAUUUUUACUCAUCGACUUUCUCAGGAAAAUAAAAGAAGCUUUUUGUGUUCAGUUAAAAUCAUAUACUGAAAAAAUAGAUUACACUGUGAUUUUCCAGCUACUUUUGCUCACUUUUCGAGUCUAAAAAUGUGUUCUUCCACUUUUAUUUUGUUUUUUAAACCUUUUACAGCUGAUCCAAACUUUGUGAUUGUUGUGCCCAGCUAUUGCAGACUUUUACAAUUUUUAGGCCCGUAGCUUAGUUAAAGAUACAGAAGAGAAUAUAAGCAGCAAUAAUAAUAAUAUAUAUAAAUUCUAGCUAUUUCAACAAUUGGCACUUUUUUCAGCUUUUGCUGGCAGGCUUUACGUCUGUCAUUCAUUUAUGUUGGUCAUUCUUUGGGUUUGUGUAUAUAUUGAUUCAUUUUGUGCUUUUGUGUUUUGUUUGAUAGAAUAAUUCUUAUUAAAGAAUAAAUGCUGUAAUUAUCAAAAAGUAUACUUAUGCAACCCAAUAAAAUCAAAGGCUGGUAAAGUGA